AUGGAGUCUCUUGGUGUUUUUGCUGAGGGAGAUCAAUGGGAGUGUCUCAGCAGAUUGUUCUCUCAUGAAGAUCAGGAGCUCGAUUUCACACCACAUUUUCUUGGUCAUGAUGGUUCAUUUCCUUUCCAACACAAUGAGGGAUUCAAUUUUGAAACCCCAAUCACCCUUUGCCCCAAUCCUGAAGCUGGUGAUGAAAUGGGAUUGAUGAGCAGGUUCAAUCAGAGCUUCUGUCACUCUUUAGACACUCUCAACAGUAAUGUGCAUUAUCUUCCUCAAGAAAUUAAUUCUGCUUAUAGUGCUAGCAGUGGCAUUCUUUCUGCCAUUCUGAACCCGGAGAGUUACUACCUUGGUGGUAACUCUUGCCAUACCCCAAUGAGCAAUGACAUUUCUUCAUCCAUUGAUGUUUCUAUGACUGGGAAUAUUGAAAGCAAUUUUCUGUCAUUCAUCCCGGCAAUUAGUGACAUUGGGAUGGAAGGAGCUGUAUGUAACACUGAAGAUUCAGGCAAUGGCAAUAUGGGAACUUCAGAAGACAGUCAACAACCAAAGGAACUGCAGCUCAAAAGGAUGCAUGAUGUUACAAAAGAAAAAUCCAGCACUGAAGAUGCAUCUGAGAGUAACCCGAAAAAGAAACCCCGUUUGUCGAAAGAUCUUUCUCAAUUAAUGGAACAGAAAACCAAGAAGAGGAAUGUGAGGUCAAAGAAGGGCCAAAAGGCGAACUCAGAUGCGAAGGAAAAAGACGAAGACGAGAGUAACACAGGAGUGGAUAGACAUAGGUCUAGCUCUUACAACAGCUCUGAGGAUGACAAUGCUUCUCAAGAGACAAAUGGAGCCGGAGAAAUCUCAGACCCGACAUCAUCGGCCCUUAACUCGAAUGGCAAGAUAAGAGCCAAUAGAGGGUCUGCAACUGAUCCUCAGAGCUUGUAUGCUAGGAAACGAAGGGAGAGAAUCAACGAGCGGUUGAGAGUACUGCAGAAUCUUGUUCCUAACGGAACAAAGGUUGACAUCAGCACAAUGCUGGAAGAGGCAGUCCAUUAUGUCAAGUUUUUACAGCUCCAAAUCAAGCUUUUGAGCUCCGAGGAUAUGUGGAUGUAUGCUCCUAUUGCUUAUAAUGGUAUGGAUAUCGGUCUCGAUCUGCACAAGAUGUCUACACUUCUAUGACGCAGUGCAGCAACAAGAUCUGAAUUUUUU